GCUCUUGUAUUUGUUUCCCCCCUGAGUGAUGAUUGGCUGCCUAGCAGCGGGAAGUGACCGGGUAACAGCAGUACUAGUCCCGGAUAGCAAUGGGGGAAGAAUCCUCAGACAUUAGCUUAGACUCAGUGGCCAGCACCACUGCUAGUGAUGUACUAAUCCGUUCCACCAGUGUGCAUGUGGCAGGACCCCAGGGAAAGGGGGCAGCAGAGGGAAGCAGACCACUCACUGCUAAUGGGGAGCAAGGGACAGGUAAUAUCAGCCAGCUGGUGCUGAGUGCCCAAAGUGUGGCAGGAGGUGGGCAGGUGGGUGCUCAUCCCGUGGGGGUUUCCAGUGACAGAAUGGGGCACAGUCAGGUGGGACCCUCAGAGGGAUCAGCGAGGAAGGUGGGGCAUGGUAAUCCAGGGUCUGCAGGGCACCAUGAUAUUGGGGAAGGCCAGGUACACAUCUCAGCGAAGAGUCUGCGGGAGCUACCGGCCCAUUUCCCAGACUUUGCUUUAAAGAAGCGGGGUCCUACGUAUGUCCCUCCGGCUCUACCGGCUAACCGGUAUCCUGCAGUCAGAUUCUCCCUAACGGAUGGCGCGCCAGAUACUAUAAGUGGAUCCACAAUACAGAAAAAUGCUACUAAGAAUGACGCUUCGUUGCCAAAGGUUCUUGUGACAAAGCAUUUUCAAGACAACACAGAUGAGGAAAGAGUUGUGAAGCAUUCACAUGAAGGUAAAGAUGUACAGAUUUCACAGUUUACUACUGGUCAUAAAGAAACCUUUAUGGCAGCACUGAAUAAAAGAGUACAGAGGGGGCCUGUGACUAAAGAGGUGCGUGUUCAGUUGCUUGAGGAUGCAGCAAACAAAGGUAAGAAGACAAAAGGCUGCACUGAGAGCUCUCCGGGCUGCGGUGCGAUCCACUCUGCUGCUAUUGCUGCUGCCACCGCCGCUGCCAUUGCUGCUGCGGCUCCAGCCCUGAAGGCACAGAGCGAUCUGGAGGCCCAAGUGAACUCUGUCUCCCAGCUGCUUACCAAACUCCAGGAGACAGACAGGCAGCUGCAACGGAUCACUGAGCAGCAGAGCAAGAUCCAAAGUCAACCAGCAGAAAGAGUAUAUCACCCAGAGAGAGUGAGCGAGCUGGAGAGGCAGCUUUCCCAGCUGACGGAGCAGAGACUUCAGCAUCUGGAAAGACUCCAGCAGCAGCAUCUGGAGAUGCAGUCCCAGUUUAUGAAUGCUGCAAUCAAAGCUGGAACCAGUCUCCAGGAUUCUGCACUUUCAGUUUGUACUCGUGUGCCUGUUACUGAACAACAGCCCCUCAGUUUGCCACUGACAACUGCACCUCCAAAGAACCGUGAGAAAGUUGUUGCAGAGAUUACACAUCAAUCAGAGAAAUCUCCCUUGGAGACUCCAGCUCCCCGCAGGUUUGCACCAGUACCUAUAUCUAUGGAUGUGCAAGUUCCAUCAAAAGCAUUAAUAGGAAGAGAGAGUGUGGGGGAUUCCACAAAUCCAGCCAGUUCAGGUCAAGUACAUUUUUUGCAGCAGAUUCUUGGACAGAAUGGCACUCCCCUGUCUAGAUCAGGGUAUAAAACCCACACUCCCUUAAAUCUGACAACAACUGACAAAAGGCACUUUAAUGACAGCUUUCCUCAGAAUGAUGGCGUCAGUGGUGCUAAAAUCUACAGUCAAAGCACGGCAUUGUCAUCCAACAGUGCAGUGCAGAAAGCCGGGGAUGUGCUGCAGGACCUGCAUACGCUAAAGCAGAAGAUGCAGGACAUGGUGAAGGAUGCGAAACAGUGGAAAACUGAAGUGGAUGAAUUGAAGCCCAGGGAGCAGCUGAUUAUUCCCUCCAAUCUAUAUAAACAUCAUUCUGUUUGGCGGAUGGACGUGAAUCCUCCAAAGUCUAUGUUUGAAGAUGCAGAGCGGAUCCUAAGAGAAGUACAGAACAAUAAAAAGGUCCUUGAACACAACUUGGAUGCCAUAAUCCGGGCCAAGAAUGGGACAGCCAUGUAUUCUCUCAUCAGUACUUUGGCUACAAAUAGCAAUGGUGCAGAGAAAAUCAGAAUUCAGAAAACGGUGGAUUCAUGGAUUACUGAUAUCAGCUCUGAGAUCCAAGAGGAACUGGCAAAGAAGGAUUAUAGGAAAAAGAAAUCUGAUGACCGAAUUCAAGAGUCUGCACUGAGGAGAAAUACAGGAAGCACCAAAGACACUAAGAUUAAUAGAGAUCGGGACAUCAAAGCCCCAGCAAGAAGUGCACUGAGGAGUACAAAGUCUUCGGCUGGGGUCUCGGCCAAGAUUCAGAGUAAGCACGGUGCAGAGAAGCUGACAGGACAGCACAGCAGAAUCUUACUGAAGAAAGAUGGAAGUUCAAAGGUGUCUCAGAGGAUUAAUGAGUCGUCUGUCAUGGAUGAAGAAGUCCUGAACCGAGUGUACGGGACACCUGUGUACCAAGGCCACCGCAGCACUCUCAGAAAGGAACCAUACCUUCGAUUUAAAUCUCCCCCUCCCAAGUCCAAACCACAAAGGCCUAAAGUUCUGGAGACUGUAAGAGGGGUAAAGCUAAAGUCUGCUAAGAUACAGACGGGUUCCCAUGAGCUAACGAGAGCUAUUACCAAAUCGCCUGAAUUUUCAGUACCAAAGGAUUAUGGGCCGCAGUAUGUGUUCAGUCCAUCCAGGGAGACUGAUACGUCAUGCGUUGCUAUGGAGGGGCAUCUCAUCCCAAUGGCUAUUCCACUAGGACGGUCAAGGUUUGAUGGAGCGGCUCCUUUACCAUCAUCUGUAAUUCUUGGUCGACCUCAUCCAGUAACGGUAAAUGUGUCUGCUCCACCUGUGUCUCCUAAGCCCCAGGCAAUGGCUGUGAAACCCAAGGUAGCAGUGGUGGAGAUGAGAUCUGAGAAGAAGGAUCCCCCACAGCUGAGUGUGCAGGCGUUACCCUGUGUUGAUAUAGAUAGCAUAGCCAGUGACAGCCCCGACACAAGCCAGAGAGGUCAGAGUACUGAUCCUACAUCUCGUACACCCAGUCCUGCCAAACCAGACAUACAGUUGCCUGUUAACGUGGAAAGUGAAGAAGAGAUCAUGGCAUUCCCUGGCAGCUCGCUUCACGCUCCAGAAUUCAUCCAGGAUGAUCCAGUAGAUGAAGUCCCCGAACCAUUAUUGGAGCUUAAUGGUUGGGGAGAGACCAAUCCACCCCAGUAUGGUGGAAUUCCAUUUCCACCUCCUGUACCUGCUCCACAAACCAAUGCCGAUAUUCUUGAUGGGAUUAUCACUAGGAAGGAGACCCUCGAGAACAGACUGAUCAACUGGGUGGAGCAGGAAAUAAUGUCCCGAGUUAUUGGAGAAAUGCAUGUGGGUAGACAGGACCUCGUCCCUGAUAUCCCUGUGUCCAGCAGUGAGAAUAGUGAAGUAGAAUCCUCUGAUAUUGUUGAAACAGCUGGCGGUAAAGGCUUGCAGUUGUUUGUGGACACCGGUGUGCCUGUAGACUCCAGUCUAAUUCGCCAGUAUGUAAAUGAGGCACUGGGGGAGAUUAUUGCAGUCAUGCUGGGUGAAAUCCAAAAUGCGCCAGCUCCUCCGCCUCCAAAGAAGCCCGAUGUACAGCCAGUUCCUGUUGAUAUACCGCUAGUACCCACUCCUCAGUGCACUCCACCAUCCUCUCCUCAUCCUCCAUUGAGAGAGCCAUCUAUGGUGAAUACACCUCAACUCUCACCGCAAACCUCGUUGGAAGAACCAGAACUUCAACAAGAACUGUCUGAGGAUGCUGGGCAGAGGAUUCCAUUAAGUCAUGUUGAUACACCCACAAUCACACCAGUAGCAUCACCCCCGAGAGUGGACACUCCUACACCUCUUAUACCAGACGAUGAUGAAGGUCCAGAAAGUCCUGCCCCGAGUCCAUGGGACAAUAUGGAACAGCCAGUAGAAGAGGAGAACCCUCACUCUAUAACGGAAGCUGUUCAAUACAAAGAUGCUGCUGUAAUGACAGUGGCUGAAGAAGGACCAAAGAGCUUAAUCUCCGAACCGGAGAAACCAAUUCUGAUUUCUCCUGUACAAAGAACCCCGUCACCUGUUUCUUCUUUAACAAGCUCCUCACCUUCUACAGAUGAAAGCAGCCUGACAGUCACUGAGUCUUCCUCCACAGACAAACCCAUCUCUGAAGGAGAGGUCUUGUACAGUUAUGGACAGAUGGUUGCUGCAAGAGCCUUAGCAGAAGGUGGUCUCCUUUAUCCAAACUUGAUGGAAAGUAUGUCCAGCACUCUCAGGGAUGCUCAUGAUAUGGAAUUGGAUCCUCCUAGUGAAGGACAGGUAAUCCACGGACCUCGCAGAGGCGCACACCAUGACCCCGUCCUGUCGCUAUUAGCCAAAUUUAAUCAGGAUCCUGUUGCACGGCAUGAGGCACUCUACCAUCCUGAGAACUCUGGGGACAUAAGCAGCAUGGGGGAGAUCAGCGAGGGUCAAAGGCCGCGUCUUACCGGGGCAGCAGAGCAAGUCCUGGUGGGACACUCUGCUUUUAUGGACAAGCCCACUAAUGCAGGUCAAACUGCUGGACAUCUGAAGAAACGUCCAUCUUCCCCCGGACAAUACAUGGACGUACCAGGAGGUCACCACGGAGAUCCUGAUGUUAGCUCUGGCCCAAUGAGCAUCCGGGACCUGGAGUCCCAGCUUCAGCCUUCUCAUUAUCCACAUGCCGAAGAUUUGCACCAAAUCCCAGCUAAAGCCAGAAACGUCUCGCAGGGUCCUGGACAACCUCAAAAGGAGCAUCAGCCAGUGCCUACCCGCCUCAUACAAGUUGGCGUCAAGUCAGGAGAUGGUCCACACCAAGUAAUACAGGAAGAUUCAGAUCGAACCGUGGUGGAGCCCAAUAUGUACUUGGGCUCUGUGUUUCCAGGGGAAGCUGCCCAGCCCUCAAAAAAGAUGACUGUGACCCUGCCAUCUACAAGUGAAGCCGACGACAAAAUCAGACCUACUGUUGUGGAUUCGGAUUCCUCCGGUUCUGAUACGUUCUGAUACACGGACAUAAUACUGGCAACAGCUAUUUCUGGCGGUCAUUUUGUGGUGGAAUUCUGUGCCAGGAACACACCCACAUACAGUAUGAUGAGUGUGACAUUUCCCAACACUGAUCUGGUGGGGAUGGCGUUAGACAGGUUUUCGUGCUUCUCUCAGUAUCCCUGGAUGUACCUGAUAAAUGUGACUGGAUCAGGCUAAAUUGCCCUGAAUGAUCUAUGGAUUGAUUUUAUUUUGUGGUGCCUUAUUGGUAGGAUUAUUUUAUAAAUUUCUGAUGACCUUAUGUAUGUAUGUGACAGAUAACAGCCAAACCUUUGUGGUUUUAUUUGUGUAGUUUUUUUUAUGAGGUGUAAAUAUUUUAUACUUUUUUUUUUUUAACUUUAAUUCGUACAACUGUACAUUAAAAGACACUGAGGUAUCCUGUUGUCUAUU